AUGUGUAUGGUUUUUUUUUAUGUGUGCCUAUUUUCUCACACACGUUCUAUGUGUUGAUGUGCGUGCACGUUCCGUCCUGUGUGUGCGUGCCAUCGUAGGUCGCGUAAUAAUGAUCUGUACAGAGAUGCGAAUAGCAAAAGUAGGCAGGUACGCAUGAAAGGCAAUUGACGUCGCGUCGCUCUCUCCGCGAGCUUUGUGUGUAGAGGCGAGAAGCAAACGAUUGCACGCUUUCGGGAGAAAAAAAACCAAAAAAAAAACAGAAAAAUUAAAACACGCUAAUGUGUGCGCGCGCGAACAGUCGACGAGGGACCGGUUGCGUGUGUGUGCAUAAAUAAGUAAAUGUUUUUCGGGACAGGAAAUUGUAAACCAUCAUGGAACCAUCGUCGUCGGUAAUUGUGCUCGAUUCGGACUCGGAUGAUGGGGUGAUUAUGGAAAGCCCGGCCAAUGUGAAGAAGCGCAAAGCCGCCCAACUAUCGCCCGCGGGCACAGGGAACGCUGCCUCCGCCAUUGGCAAUUCUAAGCCGAACGGUGUAAACAGUGCAUCAGCCGGUGGUGCAUCCAACACAGCAUCAUCAGCAGGCGGCGGUGGUGCAGCACAACAGGAACCACAGCGGAAGCGCAUCAAACCGAUCACGAUCGCGUCGAACCUGCAGGCGGAAAGGCGGUGGUCGAACGAUAAAACACCUCCCCACAACAACAACAACAACAACAAUAACAGCAGCAGCAGCAGCAGCAGUGCCAGCGGGCCCAUUAUCGUUGGGAGUGAAAACUUCGCGCCAAUCACCUACUCGGACGAUUGGGAGCAGGAAAUUAAGCAGUACCAGCAAAAGCUCGCCGUCGGUGGCGAUGACGGUGAUGGUGGCAAACGGCGGGAACGUUCCGGCUCGGUGCAGGGGUCAACACCGGCCAGCUCCCGCAGCAGCACGGCGAACGACGAUACGACGGAGCUAAACAAUACCGGCGGCAGCCCCAAUACCGGUCGGAGUGAGAAAAGAUCUUCAGCUCAAGGGAAGAAACCGACCGUGGAGAAGAAGAACCCUAUCGGCAAAGAGUUCCAGGAGCUGCUCGAUGCGUGCCGCAAGGCGGACAGCUCGAAGGACAUGGAAACGCUGAUCGAGCGCAAGCUGAUCCGGUACUACGAGAUCGUGCACCCGGACUACAUUGGCUCGAAAAGCUUCAAAAAGGCGGUUACGAAGGUGACGGCCGAGGUGCGGGCCACACCGAAUCUCGUCUUUCUCAAGCUGGCGAACAUUGUGGAGGAGCUGAAUGCGCGGCGAAAGUCGCGCUCCGUGGCAACCGCUGCCGACGAAAAAGACAAUCCCGCUGCAGGCGUCCCCGUCACGAGGGCCACAAGUCCAACCACCGCUGACGGAGUGGCGAACAACAGUGCCGAAAGCAAUAGCAGCAGCAGCACCACCACCAAAAAGGAUCGACAGAUCACGCGCCUCAACCGGACGCUCUACGUGCUGAUGAAGCGCAUCCAGCAGAUGGAGGAGGCGGAGGUGGACUUCAAUCACGAAACCAACUCCACCUACGUGAUGGCGGAGCGGUACAAGAAGCGCGCGUUCGAGGUGUACGAGAAGCUGUGCGACAUCACGGGGGAGAGCAAGAAUGCGCACCGGCUGGUGCGGAAACCGAUCUGCUUUCAGGGCACGCAGUACGGGGAGUUUAAUCGCACGCUGUCGCAGUUCGUCAAUCGGACGAACACGUUCCCGAACUUUCGCGAUGUGCUGAAGUGUUUGCAGCACUGCAACAUUAAGCACGCGUAUGGGCUGGGGGUGGAGCGGAUGAACCGGAUCGCGCAGGAUGCGUUCAUCAAGGUGGGAAAGCAGCUGCAGAAGCGGCGAAAGACGGACCUGUACGAGACGGUGAUGUACCAUACGGGGGAGGAGAAGGAUCCGGCUACGGUCGAUCCGAAGCUGCGGGAAAAGCUGGAGGAGAACGGGAAGCACUACAGCAAGGUGAACAAAAUCAUUGAUAAAUAUGCCGAAAAGGAACUAACCAAUAAGGAGGAAGAGCACGAAAAGAAGCACAAAGCGGACAAGGAAAGUAGCAGCACCUCCGCCACCACCACCACCACCACCACCACCACCACCACCACCACUACUACUACUACUACUAAUACCAGCCAAAGUUCCGCACCGAUGCCAUCCAGCAGUAGCAGCAAUAAACGGAGUGCUACUACGGACACAAGCCGCCAGCCUAUGGCCGCCACCAACAGUAAAGACACCGUUGCGAAUGGAGAAACGGAAACCACCACACUACACGAUACCGAAGACGAGGAGGAUGAUGAUGAUGACGAAGAGGAUGACGACGAGGAGGACGAGGAAGACGAUGAUGAGGACGAAUUUGAAUCCACCACGAAGGAGAACGUCCGACCGGACACGUUCGAGGAUGUGGUCAUUUCCGAUGACGAUGAGCUAAUAGUGCUAGAUUCGUAGCAUUUGCCAAACGUCAUCACCAACACCACCAAGCUGAGCGUGUAAAUAGGGUUUAUCAUAUUUCGCCUGAUCUCGUGUUGUGCGAUCGUGAAUCAGCUGCAGCAGCGGUCCGAAAAGAAAGCUCCAGGCCUCUAGGGUCUAAGGCUACGAACCGAAGUCGAAAUGUUGUAAAAAUAAGUGUUAACAGGUGCAAUUUUUUCGAACCUUUUCCUCUUACUUGCACAAUUUCUCUUCCUUCAUUAGUUUAGCUUUCCACAAGAAAACCUCCUUUCAACACUUUACUUUCUUCUUAAAAUUAACAUAGACUGUAAAGGAGAUAAAGAGACGACGGUAUCUAGUCUAGAUUUCAAAAAUCCAGACGAAAGGAGCACGACCGGGCCCUUCCUUCUAUGAAUAGAAGCCCCCGCGAAAGAGCCCCUAUUUAAUUUCCCCCCUUUUCUUUCUGUGUAAAAUUUUGACCAUGUAAUUGCUGCAGCAUAAUCGGAAGCGGUCCACCAUAACUGUGCUGCUUCUCUUCUUUAAUUCGGACAGAUAUUUGUCAAGCGACUGAAAUACCGAAAGCUUUUCCACAAACAAAUCACACGAUAGGGAAGAUGGGUGUGUGUGUGUGUGUGUGUGUGUACGUGUAGUACAGGAAAUCCAUCCCAAAUCAAUGGAUAUGCGGUAUGGGAGGUUUCUUGGUUGACCAGAGAGAGAGAGACGAGCCAUUCUGUGAAAAUGGAAUGAAAGAAAAGAGUCUAAAGACAACAACACACAAAAACAUCGGAAUAAAAAUUCAUGUGACGAAACGUAUUUUUCCACUUUAA